UUCUAGAGUAACCAAUCUAAUUACUCUCAGAUAUUUUUCUCUAUAACAGGAAUUAUCAGGAUGAGAACACAAUCACGUUUUCUUAUCACUGACGUUCUUAUCUCCGUACUGAUAUUCUUUAUAAAAGAAGGUUGUCAUAUACUGUUGAGUCGCUGCCAGAGUAACGACAAAAUAGAACAUAGUUUUUAUGGUCGGAUGAAAAUUCUCUUAAUGAAAUCAAGACAAAAAGAAAGAAGUGAAUUAAGCAAUCGCAAACAUUGACAAUUUUUGAGACAGCGAGAAGCAUCGGGGAUUUGUUGUUCCGUUAAACACGGAAGAUCAAAGCUUGAUGAGAUCGCGUCAUCGAGCGCAUCAUCAGCAUAUGUGUUUUUACACGAAGAUUAAGCUCAUCUAGCACGUAAACAUUCAUGAACGUCACGGUUGUGUAAUCGUGGUUCAUUGUGCAAAAAUUAGUCUCUCGUACGCGACUGACUAGGAAGGCGGUGACUUGAAAUAAUUAUUUACUGGUGUGGGAUUCAGGGACAUACGCCUGUUACAAACCGAUAAUUUCGACCUACGUUCAGUUAUCGUGUUUGCACGAAACAAGUCAGUCAGAGUAAUGUCAACCGAUUCGACGAUCAUGAGUAACAACAAACCAAUUAUAAAGGCGAUUGAACUACAUAAAUUGCAGCCGAUACUUAGUCGCACCUUCGACGACCGGUUGAUCGUGGUGCGUUACACGGCCAAAAACAUGAUGCAGCCCGGCGAGAAUUACGGCAGUACUAUUCUCAGCGUUCACGCUGUGAUCAAGCGCGAUGACAAUGCGCAAGAAGAAGAUCUUUACCUCGUGGCAAAGAUGCCACCGCCGACGGAAUAUCAACGAAAGAUUUUCGACAGUCCAUACACAUUCAAAAAAGAGAUCUUUAUGUACGAGGAUAUCGUGCCUUAUUAUCGAGAGUUAGAAAGAGAAGCCGGUUUGAAAGAGAACGAACUGUUUGACAUACUGCCAAAGUACUAUCAGUCUAGAUUGUCGUUAAAUCCGGAUAUCGAGUUCGACGAUAAUGCCGUUAUACUAAUGGAGAAUUUGAAGAUGCGCGGUUAUUACACGUGCAACAGAGCUAUAGGAUGUGACCACGAGCACGCGAAGGUCGCGAUACGAGCAAUGGCGAGGUUUCACGCGCUAGGCAUGACCGCCAAAUACAAGCGACCGGAACAUUUCGAAAUAUUAAAACAACGGAGCAAGUGCGUGGAAUACGAUCACAAGGAUUUCGAGCGUAUGAUAGACGAGAUGAUGAAGAGAAUAGAAAAGGAUCCCGAAAUUGGUGUUUACAUCAAUAGGUGCAAAACAGCCGUGAUGGAUUCGUUGACGAACGGUUUAUGGACCGCCGUCCCUUCCGAGCCAUGGUCUACCAUCAUACACGCGGACUUUUGGGUGAACAAUAUCCUGUUUCAUCGCGACGGUGACGGCCGAGUAGACGACGUGAAGUUCGUGGACUUCCAGAAUUAUCUGUUCUUCAGCCCGCUCCGCGAAUUGGUUUUUUAUAUAUUUUCCAGCACGGAGGUGCGCGACGAUUAUAUCGAGGAACUGACGGAUCUUUACUAUGAGACGUUUUUGGCUGUGCUGAAACGAAUGGACUGCGACACCGAAUUGUUCACGAGACAGAAAUUCAGCGUCAAUAUACUGGCCGAUGCCAAGUACGAGUUCAUGCACUUGUGUUUUAUGCUUAAGAUUCUCACGAUGGACGUGCAGGAGACCAAAUUUGACUACGAUAAAAUGGAGAACAUGUUGGAAGUCUAUCAAGGCAACGAGAUGUUUAUUCAACGGAUGCGCAAGGUCGUGUCAUAUUUCGUUAAAAACAACUGGAUUUAGACUAAAUUUAUGUUCUGAUGUUGGAGAUGUAGGACCAAAACAAAACGUUUCCUGGACGAGGAUUAAAAUAUUAAAUGCAAUAUAUACAAUUGUAUUAUUGCAUAUAUAUGCACAAUAUAUGUACAUACAAUAUAAACUGUGUAAUUAUGCAUAUGCACAUUUCUUCUAUUUUCAUCUUGUAUAAUAAAUGACAAGGUUAGAUAAAUUAUAGAAAAAGCAAAUGAGAUGUCUAAUUAAACAAGAGUUUGACAAAUAAAAUUAAAUUUUUUAUAUA